AUGUUGGGUAUAUUAGAAAUAUCCAAUAGAAUGGCUAUGUGGAAUGCUUCAGCCAAUGAACAAUUUUAUCAUCUUCGCUUUGUACCAACUAUAUAUAUGCAGGAUUCUUCUCCCUUAGCACCACCUAAAAAAUAUCACUCGCAACAAGUUAUUUGGAUUGAAGAUGGUGGAGAAGAACUAUAG